CUACGUGAGUGUGAGUGCUGUCGAAGGAACGUCUAGGAACUUUGAUCAUAUAUGACGCAAAAUAGAAUAUCAGAAUAUAUAACAGUGGAGUCACCUAAGACUUGGUACGAUAAACUUCUUCUUUCAAUUUAUUAUGGCUUGAAGGAAAAAGACAAGGACGUCUUUCAGUUUUGGUUUCGACACGACAAUUCAAUGACUGCCAUACUUUUGGAACAGCGAAAACCAUUGGAAUGGUUUAAUAGUUUAGAAAGAAGUAUGAAACUUUCAUGGGAUAACGUGUCUAUUUUGAAAGAAUUUCUAAAACAUGCGAAACGUUAUGAUAUGGUAUUUCUGGUCGACGAAUAUGAGGCAAGGAUAUCUAUCCUCAAUUUCUUUCGACAGCACUUGAUGAAAUUACAGCAUAUGCGUAAACUGGACGAAAUGUUUGAGGACAAAUGGAAAAAAAAGAAAAAGAAAAACAUACCGUUGGAUUUUGUCCAAGGCAGUCACAAGCUACUCCGUGAUGUAGGAAAGUCUUGCGAAGUACCUUUAAAUAAAAUACGAAGUUGUUUCUCCAAAGCAGUUGUUCUUUUAAAGAAGAGUUGCUCUGAAGAUGAUUUAACUACAGCAUCUUCCAAGCUUAUCUUCUUGACGAACCUAUUUCAUUCAAGAUUUAAAGAUUUUCUCAUCGAAGAUGCAAAUAUCUUAAACAUAGAGCCUUUGAGUUCUGGAAAGUUCAAGGCACUCGAUUGCUCUCGCAGACGAGCUUGUACUCGACGACGUAGAAGACGCGCCGUUGUCGAAGCUCAAAGAUCAGUACGUGGUAAAAGGGAAUUUAUUCACUCUUACUUUACGGAUUGCUGGUCGAAACUGAUGAGAUUACUUCCACUUGCUUUAAGUUAUUAUGGCUUAUAUUGUAUUGUGGAGUCUAUAAUAUUGAAUUUAUAAUGUCUAUAACAUAUGUAAGUGAAAAGGCCUUCCCCACCCCAAAUAAUUAAUGAUUUCCAGGAGAGCGCAUAAUAGGAGAUAUAAUAGGAAAGCGCAAGAUCUGAAGAUCGCUCUACGACGAAGAUCCUGAAGAUCGCCCUACGACGAAGAUCCUGAAGAUCGCCCUACGGCGUGAAACUCCGAGUAGCGACAGCAAACACUUGUCCAUUUUAUUUCAUUUUAUAUUAUAUACAUAUAUCUCUAUACAAUGCAUGCAAUGUGUAA